CAAAUAAUAUGACCGUAUUAUACAAAAAAAGACCAUGUUAAUGUCGUUGUGUCAUGCAUAGAUAAGGAAGUAGUUUUUAAAAUGUAAAAGUACUUAAUUAUCUUAUAUUGUACGUAGGUAUUUUAAGUAUGUACAGUAUCUAUUUUCAGUGACCCGAGACCGAAGGCACAGAAUGGUAUUCUGUGCCGUGCCGUAGCCCGUAGAUAAGAAAAAGAAUGUAUCAAUGAAAUAAAUGUCAUUCAAAGUUUAAAAAAAUGGAAUAUACAUUAAACAACAAUAUAAUUAGAAGACUACUUAGAUUGACCGAUUUAGCAAUGGAUCGGUUAGAAAAUGGACCAGCAUUUGCUCAUUUGUCAGUUUUAAUAGAUAUUGCACCAGAUCUCAAAGAUAGUAUUAAACAUAAAUUCAUUACAUGUCUGUGUUAUUAUGGAAAAGAGCUUGAAGGUGAUGAAUGUUAUUAUGAUAUUUUUAAUUGUUAUGAAAAUGCCUUAAAACUAUUUCCAAAUAAUGAAAUAUUACUCAAUAACUUAGGAUCUCAUUUAAUUAGAUUAAGUUACAAUGAAGAAGGUCAACAUUUUGUUAUGAAAGCACUUGAUAUUAAUAAAUUUUAUUUACCAGCAAUAACUAAUAUUCAAAUUGUAAAUAGUUGUUUUGAUGAUUGUUGGCAUUAUAGAAUGUUAAAUGACUCAAAACGUAAUUUGGCUUAUAAAAAAGCUAUUAGUAAUAGAAUAAAUCAGGGUCAUAAAACAAUAUUAGAUAUUGGAUGUGGAUCUCUUAUUUUGAGCUUAUAUGCAGCAGAGUAUCCAGUUGACAAAAUCUAUGCUUGUGAUUAUUCUAAGAUUAUGUCAAAAAUUGCGUCUGAAGUUUUAACAUGAAAUAAAUUACAUAAUUUAAUCAAAAUAUUAAAUAUGAAUUCAAAUGAUUUAUGUAUUCCAGAUAAUAUUGAUGAACGAGUUUCCUUAGUUAUUACUGAAACUAUGGAUGCUGGUUUAUUUGGUGAACAUAUUCUUUCUACUCUUAAGCAUGCUUGGGAUAAAUUAUUUUUACCUCCAAAAUCUAAAGUUAACCAUGAACUACUACAUGGGAGUGUUAUUCCACAUCAUGCGACAGUAUAUGCAGUUCCUAUUCAAUGUUCUUAUGUUUGUACAUUAAUAAUAAACCUCUUAAAAGUGCAAGAAUUUUGGAUACAUGCCCAUUUCCAAUUUUUGGCAUAGAAAUUCUUUCAUUAGCUUCUUCUUCUAAUAGUUAUAUUGAUGUUAAC